AGACUUGUUCUUUUCUGGUUUAUAAAUCUGCCAAAAACGCAAGUGCCCACAGGCUGUGUGAUUUCCAGGAGGGAAAGCUUUCACAAUGAAGUGCUUUCUGGAUAUCCUUCUCGCCUUUGGCAUCUUGGUGACACUAUGCGAUGCGUUCUGUUUUUUUGAACAAAAUGACCUAUUGAAAUCUACCAGAGGUUGUAUUCAAGAUGGAAAGCUGCAUGUAUUUGAUACCUCUUGGAUUGCAAAUUGCAACAGAUGUCACUGCAGCCUGAAUGGAAUGCGUUGUUGCUCCAUCUAUCAUUCACCUCAUGGUUAUGACAGAGAAAAAUGUGAAAGCAUUUUCAACAAGGACACUUGCAGCUACAGUGUGGUGGAGAAGGCUGACCCCUUGAAAGCCUGCAAGGUCCAUGGUUGGGUGGGUUAAUUACAAAUCCACUUAGAAUUUCUCUGCAUAGUGCCUCUCCUUCCCCUUCUACCAAUGAUCAACAAUGGAAUGAGUCUUUUCUUCAGAGAUUCAUGAUGGUCUCUGAAGCAUCGCUACUAACAGCUGGUUUUUCUUCUCCUUGUUGAGUAGCAGUUCAGUGUG